AUGGGUCAGUUCAUGGGACAAGAGCUGCAGCCUUUAAGGAGGGACAUUCUCCUUCAGCAAUAUGAGGACCUUCCAACAGGGGACAAUAUUGUGAUAUUUGUCAUAGUCUUGUUCGCAAGGUCCAUGGACUCCAGCAGCAUGAGCUCAACUCAACAGAGGGUCCUGUUGGCUUUCACCCUGUGUCUGUUCUUCUACACCGAUCUGGCCCGUAACUUCACCCUCUUCUCCGGUGCCAUCAAAUACCAGCCAUCUAGCUUUGUGCUGCAGAGGUUUGCCUCUGGCUCCCUCAUCCUGACCAUGGGUGGGUAUGAGGAGUACUUUGUGCCCUCUGCCAGUGCCCCUGCCUUGAUGCACAUCUGUACCACCGAGACUUGGCCUCAGACAUUGUGGAGCUGUGGCUGGAUCAGAUGCCCAUGGUGUGCUGGGCUCUGUAGAGGGUUUACAAGCUGGAAUUGCAAGCCUUCAUCAUGCUGGCAGCAGAAGCGGACUUCCGACAAUCUCCAGAGCUUCGAUUAUAAAGAGGCUUUUGUGGGUGACCUGGGUGAAGUGAACAUGUGGUUCUAUGUGCUGAAGCGGUAUAAGAUCAAAUGCGUAUUUACUGAGUCAAAGUCAUACCUCAACACGCUAGCCUGGGAGGAGUUCUGGUACAACAUCCUGAGGACGUGUAUAUUCAGCCCCAGCAGUAGUUAG